UGAUUGACCGUAAAACGCAGAGGAUGCGGGGAUCUAUGUUUCUUUUUCAUUUGUCCUCUUCGGAAGGUCCUCAGACUGGCAGGAAAACUUGCCAUUGCGAUGAUGAAGCGAUAAAACAAGUCGUGCGGGCAAAAUGCCGGGCGCAGAGUACGGGGAGCUAGGGGGCAGCCUGCCCGCCAUCGCCUCUCUGAACGCGUCAUACUCCACGUCGCUGCCGUCCCCGUACCUGCUGCUGACGCCACCCGCCGAGCGCAAGCUCAUCUCGGACGUGCGACGCACCUUCUGCCUUUUUGUUACCUUCGACCUGCUCUUCAUCUCGCUGUUGUGGAUCAUCGAGCUGAAUAUCUCCAGCACCAUCUGGGACAGCUUGGAAAAGGAGGUCAUCCACUACAACUUUAGGUCUUCCUUUUUUGACAUCUGUCUCCUGGCGCUGUUCCGUUUCCUGUGCCUGCAGGUGGGCUACGCCGCCUUUCGGUUGCGGCACUGGUGGGUAAUAGCGGUCACUACCCUCGUGACCAGCGUCUUCCUCGUGGUGAAGGUCAUCGUGUCAAACCUUCUCUCCCAGAAUGCAUUUGGCUAUGUGCUGCCCAUCACCUCCUUUGUGGUGGCCUGGCUGGAGACCUGGUUCCUGGACUUCAAGGUUCUCCCGCAGGAGGCGGACGACGAGCGAGCUUACCUCGCAGCAGUGAAUGCGGCCUGUGAGCGCGCCCCGGUCAUGUACCCCCGCGCCCUGUCUGACGGACAAUUCUAUUCCCCGCCCGAAUCGGUCGCAGGCUCCGAGGAAGAUCUCGAUGAAGAAGGUCUCGGCCGGCGCGCCGUCACUGCUCAGGAGAAGGAGUUUGUUCGACAAGGACGCGAGGCCAUGACCAUUGUGGAGCAGAUCCUCACUCAGGAAGAAAACUGGAAGUUUGAGAAGAACAACGACGCGGGCGACUCCGUCUACACCCUGGAGAUUCCAUUCCACGGGAAGACGUUCAUCCUCAAAGCCUUCAUGCAGUGUUCAGCUGAGCUGGUAUACCAGGAGGUCAUUUUGCAGCCCGAGAAGAUGGUCCUGUGGAACAGAACCGUGUCUGCUUGCCAGAUCCUGCAGCGGGUGGACGACAACACGCUGGUGACGUAUGACGUCUCGGCUGGGGCAGCCGGCGGAGUGGUGUCUGCCCGGGACUUUGUCAAUGUCCGACGGGUAGAACGUAAACGAGAUUGCUACCUUUCUGCCGGCAUGGCCACCGAUCAUGACGCCAAAGCACCCUGUGGACGUUAUGUUAGGGGAGAGAACGGUCCCGGCGGAUUUGUGGUCCUUAAAUCCAGCAGCAACCCGUCCGUCUGCACCUUCAUUUGGAUCCUCAACACGGACCUCAAGGGUCGACUACCACGCUACCUCAUCCACCAGAGUCUGGCCGCCACCAUGUUUGAGUUCAUGUCCCACCUGCGCCAGCGCAUCGCCGAACUGCGGCCCGCCAUGCGCUGCCCGCGCCAAUACCACCCAUGCUAGGAGCAUGACCACCACGCAGACAGGGAGGCUGCGUCCCCGCGACUUGGAUCCUCUUAAGCUGAGGAUACGCGUUGCACGUGAGCACGCAUUGGCCACUGCAAACAAAGUGGCUGUUAAGACUGAACUUUUUCUCUGAGCCUUAUCUUCUUCUGCUUCCUUUUGGUCUGGUGCCUUCCCACUCAACAUUUACCCUACUCGUCACAUGAGGGAGACAGUAGCAGUCGAAGCUGAUCUCCUUGCCUUAAGGUGUUAAAAAAAAAAAAAGAGAGAGAGAGAGAGAGAGACUAAAUGGCUGCCAAAUAGGGUUGCGACAGUGUGGAAAUUUUCUGGUAAAUUUCCAUGGGAAUUUAAGAUGGAGAAGUAAUAUCAUUUUUGGUCACAUGAAUUCCCAUCUACUUUUGUUUCCAACUUUGAAAAUACGGAUUUUUGUCACCCUACGGCUUAUCAAUUUUUAAUAUCCAAGAGCUUGAGUUUUUUUGUCAAUAAUUCAUGAAAAAAACUGUUGCUAUUUUUUUUUUUUUUUUUUUUUUAACCCUUCUUCAAAAUCCUUGCAAACAUAGCGGCCGUCCUAUAUCACGCACACACUCUCCAAAACAUCACCAAAUAAGCCAGUUUGCUUAGCUACGCAAAUAUCAAAAUUCCAUACAAAAAGAAUAUCGAUGAAAUGUCCCCGCUAUCGAUUGUGGCUCACUUUCGGUGCAGUCCCAACCCAAAAUGGCUGCUUUCAACCAAAAUGACUGACUUCCUGUUCAAAUUCAAUCAUGGGUCCUUGAGACUUUUUCCUUCGUCCCAUUACGAUUGACAUGUCCACCAAAUUUUAUGUGGAUUGGGUUUCCCCUCUCGUUUUCUGGAGGUGGAGGAGCUACUGAGUCGGAAAAUUUGACAGCAUGGCCCGCUCGCAUUAGAUGAUGUAGAAUACAGCACGUUAAAUUUUGCGUUGCAUAUCAGCUUCUGUUUGGAUUUUAUUUGUGCAAUUCCAAAGUUGCUUUUCAUCAAGCCUCGGAAUUUUUCCAAACGGGCAGCUUCAAAUCAAAAUGGCCGACUUGCUGUUCAAUUUGAGAAGUGGGUCAUUGAGACUUUUUUAGUGCGAUCUGUUUGUAUCGACAUAUCCACCCAAUUUCAUGUCAGUAGGUGAAACCUGAUGACUGUGAAGCAGACACUGAACACGAGGCACCACGUACAAGAAUAACCACCGAAGCUUGGUUCAAAAAAAAAAAAAAAAUCCAGCUAUUUCAGAAAUGGAACAAUUGUUAAUUACUAUAUUACAAGUGUUUGGUGUGUGAAUGACCAGGACAAGCUUAGCAUAAGUACCAACGCUUGACGAUCAAU